CGCGAGGGGCGUUAACUACGACGCGCGCGAACGAACGCGAACGAUGGUGACGGUCGGGAUGCAGACGUUGGAAAAGAAACCGCGAAAGAAACGUCGGGACAAGGACAAGCCGAAGCGGGCGAUGUCGGCGUAUUUGGUGUUUUUGAACAAGCACAGAGACGCGACGCAAAAGAAGAAUCCGUCGUGGAGCGUCACGGACGUGACCAAGGAGCUCGCGGGGAAGUGGAAGACGGUGACGCAGAGCGAGCGAGAUGAGUGUCAACGCGUUUCCGACGAGGAUAAGGCGCGAUACUACCGCGAGAUGCAGAACUACGUGCCGCUUCCGGAUGAGAAGGAGGAGCCGCCGUUGCGAUUCGACAAGGAUGGUAACCGCAAGCGUCGCAAAAAGGACAAGAACGCCCCGCGCAAGAACCGUUCGAGUUACAUCAUUUGGGCGCAAGAAUAUCGCGACAAGACGUUCAGACCGAAGGCGAACACGCCCGACGCCGUGUCUUUCCGCGAUCAAGCCGCGCAGCUCGGCGCGGCGUGGAAGGCUUGCACGCCGCAGCAACGCAAAAAGUACGACGACAUGGCGGAGAAGGAAGCGCAGGCGUACGCCAUCAAGCGUGAUGCGUACAAAGCUGAACAAAAGGCCAUCGCCCUCGCCGCUCGUGAAGCCAAGCGUCAGCGUUUGCUCGACGAGAAGCGCGCGUGGGAAGCCACCAAGAUCGCCGCCGCGCAACUCAAGGAGGACAAGAAGAAGGAAAAGAGCGCUCAACUGUCGCCGGGCAAGGCGCGACCGUUCGGUGGUCCGUCCUCGAAGGCGGUUCCGAAGAAGGUUGUGCACAAGGAGGCGGACAACGUCACCAUGGCUAAGAUGCGCAGCGCCGUGCUCGCCGUCGCUCCGAGCGAUAACGCGUGGCGCGCCGUCCAGGACGUCUACGGCAGCGCUCCGGACAAAGUCAUGGAGGCGUUCAGAAACUUCGUCGAUAACCGUAAGAUGACGAACUUCGUCCCGGAUCACCGAGCUUUCAUGAACGCUGUUCUGGGCUACGACAUGGCGGCGACGUUCAUGCGCUAGUCGCGCGAACGCCAGCUCGCUCGUCACUCGUCCACGCACUUCUUCAUCUCGCGAAAACCGCGAUCACGGAAGACGAUGGAACGAAACUCCACGGAAACUCUCGACGACCGACUCGACUCGCUUUUAAUAACACAA